CAAACUCCAGGUAGUCGAGACUCACAGGAACAUAAAAAUAUAAACUUCAUCUUUGAGAUUGGUCUAUCAGGUGGUGCUUUAUUUAGAGGUAGUAGGAUUCAGAGAAGAGUUUUGAUUUGUGGAAAAGCCCGACGUCGACGUCGCUGGAGGUUUCAAUGUCAACAUGGAUCACUUGUCUCGGGGCGUGUGCGAUUAAGAGCUAGCUGUCAACAUACGGAGAACAGACUUAUUUUGAACAACGGCAGGUCGGCCAGGUGAUGCUGAUGGACCAGGAAACUCAGUGGCUGUACCAUCUCCUGGCCGAGGUCCAGUUGGAGAGGUUCUACCUGCGCGUCAGAGAUGGCCUCAACAUCAGCCGCAUCGAGCACUUCAACUACGUCAAGGAGUCCGACCUGGAGCAGAUAGGAAUCAGCAAACCUGCACAAAGAAGAUUAUGGGCAGCUCUGAAAUGCUACAAGACGAAUUCACGAGGACGGCCAUUGAUGCCCAAGAUCAGUGGUCGAGGUCCGGAUGGAGGGGAGCAGUGGAGCGGAGGCGGCCCGGCUCAGGAGGGUGGUAGCCGGGCUCUUCCUUGUCUGAUCCAGGACAGCGAGCUGACCCUGGGAGAGAAGCUGGGCUCCGGGUCCUUUGGGGUGGUGAAGAGGGGAGAGUGGCACGCGCCUACUGGGAGAGUGUUGCCUGUAGCAGUAAAGUCACUAAGGAGCAGCAUGUCCAGGCAGACGAACACACUGACAGACUUCCUCCAAGAGGUGACCACCAUGCAGUCACUGGACCACCCCAACAUCAUCCGACUUUAUGGUGUGGUUCUCACACAGCCCCUCAAGAUGGUAACAGAGCUGGCCCCCUUGGGCUCACUAUACGACACCCUGCGCUCGCGUCAGUAUGAGUACCCUCUGGCCCGCCUCUGGCUCUUUGCUACCCAGAUCGCAGCGGGUAUGGACUACCUGGAGACCAGAAGGUUCAUCCACAGGGAUCUGGCUGCAAGAAACGUACUGCUGGCAUCCAGGGAGAUGGUGAAGAUCGGGGACUUUGGGCUGAUGAGAGGCCUGAGCCAAGACAAGGACCACUAUGUGAUGUCAGCACACAGAAGGAUCCCGUUUGCAUGGUGUGCACCAGAGAGUCUUCGUGUCGGCUCUUUCUCCCAUUCCUCAGACGUGUGGAUGUUUGGCAUCACCCUGUGGGAGAUGUUCACCUACUGUGAGGAGCCCUGGUUCGGUCUGUCAGGCAAACAGAUUUUGUGGCGUGUGGAGCGGGAAGGUGAGCGUCUGGAGAAACCUCCGGAUUGCCCACAAGAAAUGUACAACGUCAUGAGGAAGUGCUGGGCCUGCAACCCUGCUGACAGACCCAGCUUCGCCCAGCUCAUCACAAUGGUGGCAGAGGCUAGACCAUUGGAGGCGCAAGCAACAAGAGACUUUUCUGAAUCCAGAAAACUUGCACUGGUGGCCAACGACCUUGUGACCCUCAUAGACCAUGGUCUGGAGCUGUGUGAGUGGAGGGGCCAGAACCAGAGGACCCUGACAGUCGGCUGGUUUCCUGCGAGCUUUGUCACGGUGUCACUCCCUCUUGCUGCCACUGCCGGAAACUCCGGGCCCAACCCUGCUUUUUCCACCCCUAACAUCUCAGCCCCGCUGAAGGGCAGCCUGCAACACUACGCGCACGGAGACAUCAAACCUGAGCGCUGCUGGGGGACACCUGAGAACCUGGACGACAGUGGCAGCGGGAGGACGGUGCCUGCCAGGGAGAAGGAGGGCUCCAAUCUGCAAAGAAUGGCAGGUAUGUCUCAGAGCCUGGAGUCAGUUUUGAGCGGACACCGUCCCCGGGCUCACACAGUAGGGGCGUUCACAGUGGAUCAGCAGGGCAGACUCAUGUCCCCUGGGAUGGCAGCUUGUAGGGUAGUGAUGCAGCAGGACCCACGCCGGUUCAGCGAGGCCAGUUUAGUCCCACCUCCGCGGCCACCGCCACCCAACCUGAAACGCUUCAACAUGAAACAGAGGAGGCCCGCAAUCCAACCGGUCCCAGGCACCCCAUGGCCUCCACAGGUGGUCCUGUCCCCUCCAGCGCAGACGCAGCCUCAACCCCAAAACCCACCGCAGCAGGGCAUCGGAGGCUCCAACCUGGCUAAAAUGGCCCAUAUGGCACGCUCAACCCCGCAGCUGGAUGAGUACACGGACAACAGAGAGAGGGAACGAGUCAGAUCUCGAGAGAAAUUACCUAAUGUGCAGAGCACAAAAGACAGUCUCACCUCACAGGUUAUGGAGGCAGUUCAUGGAGUGACCAUUGAAGAGGUUCAUAAUGCACUUCAACGAAAUGACUGGAACCCAGUACGAGCUGAACAACAACUCAAGUUGGAGCAGAUGUACUCACUGAGCCUCUGCUCCAGAGAUGACUGUCUGAGGAUCCUCUCCAGAUACCAGUGGAACCUGCAGCUGGCCAGCCGCUACCUGAUCCGAUGGUCUGGCGAGAGGGAGCGACCUCCAGUUAGCACAGAAAGACGAGUCUGAAGGGAUUUUCUUGCUUCAUCAAUGCAUCGAUGGUUGACUUUCUUAGCAACAAUUUUGGCACUUGAAGCUGCCGCAUACUUCUACUGCUUUCAUUGACCACCUUGAUAUGGGAACAGACGUGAGGUCCGGUGCAUAGAAAAGUAGAAAAGUGAAGAUUUUUUUGAAUGUACAAACAAAAAAUAUUUUGUUUAUUUAGCAAAAAAUGAGACAUUUUCCAGCACAUUAUGUGCUAUAUGCAAAUAGUUUUUGUAUCUUAAUGCAUUUGUAUAUAUUGUAUUAGAAAUGAUUAUUUUGUUGAAUAAAAUAAUCUGGUCUUAAUGCUGAGCUGUGAUAAUAUGAGCAGUUUAAUCAGUUGGUCACUGUGUAACACCCUUUUAAUUUCAUGGGAUUUUGUGUUUGAGUGCCCGCUGGUCUUCAGAAAGAUUUAGUGUCUUAAAUUGUAUUACAUUAUUUAAAUUCAAAGCCUGACAUUUCCCUGAAUGCAGGAUCAAAGCUUAGUGGGCCUUAAACUUAAUGUCUGUUUUAAGAGAGGCCAUGGACUCUUGUGAGACAUCAACCCAGUCACUCAGACCUUGGAUAUGCAGUAUCCUGUUGGUCAUUUCCAUGUUUACUUUAAACAACAUAUUUGUCUAUUGUAUUCUUCUUAAUGGGAUGUGAAAACUAACAGUCGCUGACUGUAUACAUAGACAUACUGGUGUAAAUAUUUCCGCAGCAGGAACCGGUUAGCACGUUUGGCUGUUAACCCAAAGGUUGGUGUUUCAAAUCCACCCAGGGACGGUAUUUAUUUAUUUAUUGAUCAGCUUUAUGUUACCUAUAUGAUUAAAAACAAUUAUACUUCUAUCAUGAAAAUAUUUAAGGAUAGGAGUAGAAGAAUCUCCAUUCUCAUCAUCCAAUCAUGCUAUUCACUGCCAAAUGUGAGAUUGGAUGUAGGCCAAUCACGGCGCACUUUUCUAAUGGAAGAAUAAUGCUCAAACUCAGCGGGCAUUUUUACUGCUUUCAUCUGUCAAUAACGUUAGCCAGACUAGUUGCUAAGCCACUGAAUUGGUGAGAAAUGUAUAAGAAGAACCAUUGGAUUAUGGGAAGACAGACAAAGCUUGAAGUAUUUCCCAGAAUCAUUAAGGCAUGGAUAGACAUGUACAGACAUGCUCCCUUAAAUACUUUGCUUGUAAUUCCCGCAUUUUCCCAGAGGGUGGAGCAGUAUGAUGUUUAAUGUGACUUGAGAAGAGAAGUAUCGUCUCCUUUUGUUCCAUCUGAAGGGUUAGGGUUAAGAUAUAAUCUUUAGAUAAAGGAAGCUGAUAUUGACACCAAUAAAGUUUAUGUUGUAUUGAGAAAGUUACCCAGUAACUUAAGUGGAGCAGAGUUUUAGUGGAACCUUUGGCUGAUGUGAGAGGCGGGAUUUCCCUCUAAGGCAAAGAAUUUUUUCCAAGUGAAACCAGAUGUUCCACAUUUAGAAUUUAGGUUUCCAAAGACCUUCCCAAAACCUUUCCUGGGCGAUGAGUAGAGCAGAAGAACAAAAGACAACAAGACUAUAACACAGCAUAAUAUGGCAAUUGUUUUAUUUCUAAAGUACAGGGUAUUUUUGGUGUAAAAAAUGUGAUUUACAAGAUACAAGAAAAAUGGUACAAACUUGUUUUGAUAUAAACAGGAAAGCAGAUAUAACAAAUUUUUCAAAAGCAAGUUCUGCAGAUAAACAUCAAACUGACACAAUGAAUAAACAUUUGCAAUACAUGUACUGUACAUCCUUUGGCUACUUUCCUUUCCUCUUUCCUUAUCAGAUGUCAGACUGCACAGAGGCUGAUGGUAGCAAUUCAACUUACAUUUUUCAUUUCAAUAGGCUUUAUUGGCAUGACGUUCGACAUGUGUUGGCAAAGCACAAUUAUAAUCAUGAAAGACAAUGAAUGAAAAU